UGUUUCUCCUGUGUUGCAGGAGGAAGGGAUGAGCCUUCAAGCUACAUCUGCACCACGUGUAAGCAGCACUUCCCCAGCGCCUGGUUCCUUCUACAGCACGCCCAGAACACCCACGGCAUCCGCAUCUACCUGGAAUCCAACCCGUCCAGCGCAUCGCUCACCCCCCGCAUCACCAUCCCCGGGCCCCCCAUGGGCCAGGACUCCAUCCCCCAGUCUCCCCUCACCAAUUUCCUGGGAGAGAGCAACCCCUUCCACCUGCUGAGGAUGACCGGGCCCAUGCUCCGAGAGCCCCCACCAGGCUUCAUGGAGAACCGCGGAGGCCUCCCCAACACGCCGCCCUUCGUCAGCCCCUCACCCCGCCACCACCUGGACCCCCACCGGCUGGAACGCCUUAGUGCCGARGAAAUGGGGCUCAUCUCCCAGCACCCCAGUGCCUUYGAGAGGGUGAUGCGGCURACGCCSAUGGCCAUCGARKCMCARUCCAUGGACUUCUCCAGGCGGCUCMGGSAGCUGGCRGGGARCAAYAACGUGGCCACMCCUCCUCUKUCGCCCAGCCGGGCCAACCCUAUGCACCGCCUGCUCAACCCCAACCCCUUCCAGCCCAGCCCAAAGUCGCCCUUUCUCAGCACCCCGCCCCUGCCGCCCAUGCCCCCCAACAGCACCACCCCGCCCCAGACRCAGGCCAAGAGCAAGUCAUGCGAGUUCUGYGGGAAGASCUUCAAGUUCCAGAGYAACCUGGUGGUCCACCGGCGGAGCCACACCGGGGAGAAGCCCUAUAAGUGUCAGCURUGUGACCAUGCCUGCUCCCAGGCCAGCAAGCUGAAGAGACACAUGAARACACACAUGCAYAARUCUGGYUCCAUGACAGGRMGGUCUGACGAYGGGCUYUCCACCACCAGCUCACCSGAGCCGGGCACCAGCGAMGUGACMGGAGARGGCAUGAAGAACMGAGAKGGAGACUUCAGGGGUGAGGGYGAAGAGGAGGAAGAGGARGAGGAKGAAGAGGAGMYGGAGAAYGAGAGCAGGCCRGWGUCAAACUUCAGCAUGGACAACAUGGAGUUCUACCGUAACCGUGAGAACGGCUCCAAGCCGCCRYCAGACGAGAAGAAYKCYCUCUCYCUSGGYAAGAUGGUGGAGARUGUGGGCCUGAGCACUAUACAGCAGUACAAUAACUUGAUAGUCGACAAUCGUAAAAAUSGGAUGCYCUUCUCCAAGAGGGGGUCYGACGGGCAGCGGGACACUGGGGAUGAGGACUCUGUGGUGGGAGAGAUGGAGAGGGAGCACCAUCACCACCAGAUGGAAAGGGAUCACCAGAGGCCCACGGUCAACGGCAGGAACUGUGGCUCCGGCAACUCUUUCUCAAGCCUUUUCCCCCGCAAGCCCACACCCAUCACCAGCCCUAGCCUGUCCAACUCUUCCAACAAGAGGAUCAAGAUUGAGAAGGAUCUGGACAUGCCCCCGGCACCAAUCAUCCCCUCUGAGAACGUCUACUCCCAGUGGCUGGUGGGUUACGCCGCCUCACGCCACUUCAUCAAAGACCCUUUCCUGGGCUUCACCGACUCYAGACAAUCUCCCUUCGGCACCUCCUCUGAGCACUCGUCUGAGAACGGCAGCCUGCGCUUCUCCACGCCUCCUGGGGACCUCCUGGAUGGCGGCCUGUCGGGGCGCAGCGGCACAGCCAGCGGGGGCAGCACCCCUCACCUGGGGGGAAUGGGAUCCGGCCGGCCCGGCUCCAAGGAGAGCCGACGGAGCGACACCUGCGAGUACUGCGGCAAGGUGUUCAAGAACUGCAGCAACUUGACAGUGCACCGGCGCAGCCACACGGGAGAGAGGCCCUACAAGUGCGAGCUGUGCAACUACGCCUGCGCCCAGAGCUCCAAGCUCACACGCCACAUGAAGACCCACGGGCAGAUGGUUGUAGGAUGGCUAAACCGUCGGGCUAAACUGCGGAGCUUUAUAGCCAGAGAGAGCAGGGAGAUCUUAGGGGCUCCCUGUGAUGUGUAGUUGAACGCAUUCUGAAAGAAGUAGCAACUCUGACACACACAGAAUGCACAGCUGAGUGAGCUUUUUAGGAAAGAUUUUUCGGUCUUCAGCAAGCACCAACCUUUGCCCAAAUCACCACUCCUUGUUAUUUUGAAUAAUGUACCCCUGUCCUACCCCCCCUGUUCAAACCCCCUCAAGUUGACCUUUGACAUCCAAGCAAAAAUGUUUUAUUGAGUUAAAAAUCUGUCAUUGAGAAAAACAGAAGAGAAAAACAUAAACAUAUCUUUGCAGUUGACCCGCACUAUGAUUUGUCAAUCAUUUUUUUACACACAAAAGAAAAAGAAAAUGGAAAAUGGAAAAUACGGCUUCUGAGCAAGAAAUGACUGUAACUGGAUUUACUGGGCCUGGGUGAAGGGUUCUAUAGUUUGGGAUCAGCUGAUAUUGAAGUGCCAGCGUUGCUAUAAGCUUGGCUUUCCCAAUACUGGCACUAUAAAAAUGAAAAUUAAUUUAUUGGGACACUUUUUGUACUGCCAUUCAAUUUGACAUGAGUGUGCCUUGAAUACUGAUCUUCCUAUUCACCGUCUCUCAAGACAAAUGCAACACUUUUGUGAAGCAAAGGAUUUGAACAAAAUGAAAACAAUGUAUCAAAUUUAUGUGUCAACUUAGUUUCUAAUUUGCUUAUGAAAUUUCAAUAGAAUAUCAGAGAUAUUACUUCUAAAAAUAAAACAAAGCUGCAUUUAGGUUAGGAGUACCCAGCACAACAUUGAUGUG